GCCACAACGCAGCCUUGCAGAAAACAGAGCUUCAGCAUGCCUGGCUCAGCACUGCUAUGUUGCCUGCUCUUACUGGCUGGAGUGAAGACCAGCAAAGGCCAUUCCAUCCGGGGUGACAAUAACUGCACCCACUUCCCAGUCAGCCAGACCCACAUGCUCCGAGAGCUGAGGGCUGCCUUCAGUCAAGUGAAGACUUUCUUUCAAAAGAAGGACCAGCUGGACAACAUACUGCUGACAGAUUCCUUACUGCAGGACUUUAAGGGUUACUUGGGUUGCCAAGCCUUGUCAGAAAUGAUCAAGUUUUACCUGGUAGAAGUGAUGCCCCAGGCAGAGAACCAUGGCCCAGAAAUCAAGGAGCAUUUGAAUUCCCUGGGAGAGAAGCUGAAGACCCUCUGGAUACAGCUGCGACGCUGUCAUCGAUUUCUCCCCUGUGAAAAUAAAAGCAAAGCAGUGGAGAAGGUGAAGAAUGAUUUUAAUAAGCUCCAAGACAAAGGUGUCUACAAGGCCAUGAAUGAGUUUGACAUCUUCAUCAACUGCAUAGAAGCCUACGUGACACUCAAAAUGAAAAAUUGAACCACCCGGCGUCUACUGGACUGCAGGACCUAACUAGAGCUUCUAAAUCUGAUCCAGAGAUCUUAGCUAACGGGAGCAACUCCUUGGAAAACCUCGUUUGUACCUCUCUCCAAAAUAUUUAUUACCUCUGAUACCUCAGUUCCCAUUCUAUUUAUUCACUGAGCUUCUCUGUGAACUAUUUAGAAAGAAGCCCAAUAUUAUAAUUGUACAAUAUUUAUUAUUUUUUAAUCUGUGUUGUUUAAGCUGUUUCCAUAGGGGACAUUUUAUAGUAUUUGAGUGUUCCAAAGGAAAUUAUAUUAUAUAAUGGGAGGGGAGCUUCCUUAGGAAGCAACUGAAACUUCGAUCCUAAGGCUGGCCACACUUAAGAGCUGCAGAGCUGUUUACCAAUGGUGUCCUUUCGCUUGCCCUCAUCCCUGAAUUCAGGACUCCUGAGAGAGUUGUGAAGACUCUCAUGGGUCUUGGGAAGAGAAACCAGGUUGCUCCUUCCAUGAUUAUCCUUGCAACAGCUCAGCGCAUCUCCCUGCCAUCACUCUGCAACCACUUCCAGUCUCGAAAGCUGUGACCAGUUUGUUAUUUAUAACCACCUAGAAUUAGUUCUAAUAGAACUCAUUUUUAACUAGAAGUAAAUCAAUUCCUCUUGGGAAUGGCGUAUUGUUUGUCUGCUUUUGUAGCAGAUCCUAGUUUUGAAUAAAUGGAUCGUACUCAAAUCA